GCGGUGACGCAAGACUAGUUGUUUUGGAGGAAGUGAGAGAGAAAAAAUCAGUCGCGAAAAGAAACCAGGGCAAAAGACAAGACAACAAAAUCUCAACAAAAAUUAAAUAGCUAAAUAUACGUAUUUACACUAAUGUGAUGGGAAUCUGAAAAUACUAAUCGGGGAAUCUGAAUAUCAAAGAGAUAAGCAUCUCAAGCUGCAGAAACCAACUUGAUACAUUAACAUUUUAACUGGGUAAUCUAGCUAACGCAUUAACUAGCUAUCUAUUUUGCUCGUGACAGUUAUUCAAAUUCAACAAGAGGCUCACCUGAGUCGAUACAGCGGUCUGGUGUGUUGGAAGUUGAAGACACGACAGAAUGACGUCCAGGAAGAAAGUGCUCCUGAAAGUCAUCAUCCUUGGGGAUUCUGGAGUUGGGAAGACCUCCCUGAUGAACCAGUAUGUGAAUAGGAAGUUCAGUAACCAGUACAAAGCCACAAUAGGAGCUGACUUCCUGACCAAGGAGGUGAUGGUGGACGAUCGGCUCGUCACAAUGCAGAUCUGGGACACGGCAGGGCAGGAGAGGUUCCAGUCUCUGGGUGUGGCGUUCUACCGCGGGGCAGACUGCUGUGUGCUGGUGUUUGAUGUGACUGCUCCUAACACCUUUAAGACUCUAGACAGCUGGAGGGACGAGUUCCUCAUCCAGGCCAGUCCCAGGGACCCCGAGAACUUCCCCUUUGUGGUGCUAGGCAACAAGAUCGACCUGGAGAACAGACAGGUGACGACCAAGCGAGCUCAGGCAUGGUGUCAGAGUAAGGACAACAUCCCCUACUUUGAGACCAGUGCUAAGGAGGCCAUCAACGUAGAGCAGGCCUUCCAGACCAUUGCACGCAAUGCCCUCAAACAGGAGACGGAGGUGGAGCUGUAUAAUGAAUUCCCGGAACCCAUCAAGCUGGACAGGAAUGAUCGAGCAAAGCCUUCAGCAGAGGCCUGCAGCUGCUGAGGCACAACAUGGACUAUCUUCUGUCUGGCUUUCAGGAACAAACCCCUUCUCUCUUUCUAAAGGAAAGGACAGCCUCUCUGGUUUCUGCAUGCACCCAUGUCACAUUCCCCUCCCACCAGAAUCCCAACGAGUGUCCAGUUAUUUACAUGUACUGCACAUGAUGGGUGUAUACAUACACAUUCAUUCACUCCCACACAUACACAUCUUGAUGAAUCCAAUGCCGUUAGAGAAGAAUUGGUACACCCCUCUAGACUCCACUAUUCCUGCCCUUUCCUGAAUCAAUAUCAUGAGUGAACCCACAGCCUGGCCCACCCUGUCUGAUUGUGUCCCCUCUCUGUCUCUCACAUUGGGGGGUCCAGAUGGAGCCAUGUCCUAGGAGUGCAGUGGAGAACUCUAAAGUGAUGGCUGAAGCUUCUUGACAUGAGAUUAUGAUGAUGAUGAUGAUGAUAUCUUUGUCUCAUUGUCCUGAAACAUUUAAUCCUCUGUAUUUUCUGUUCUUCAUAAUUGUUUUGUUUUGACUUGAAGUUCUAUAUUGCCUAACUUACUGUUGACAAAUAAUUAGCUGUACUAUAAUUUUUUGUUCGUAUUGGCUGUCGAUGUUAAGUCUUAAGCCAAUCGGAAGCUUAUACUUGGUUUUGCACUGUGGUUUUACUGAUAUUUUUUGUUAUAAACUCUUAUUUGGGCUUGACUGACAACAAGCCAUUAACAACAACACUGCUCCCACCAUCCUUCUCUACUACCCCCAGGAAGCCUGUUGAUGCUAUAAAAAAAAAAUGCACAGGUGGCUCCCUUUUGUUGGGCGUGCGUAUUGGUUGGUUUAGUAGCUUAUGUUGCAGGGGAAAUAUUCAUAAGUAGGCGAUGAAGAGAGAAAAGCUGACGACGCAAACACAAUGGAAGACAUGGAGAAAGUUCUUAUUAAGAUAUUAAUAGUCCUAGAACUACUGCUACUACUAUGUUCUAUAUGUCCUUUCCUUUGUCAGACAAUGUGUUUCAACACUACAAUUACAGCUCUGCUCCUCUACAUCUGUCCACUGUUAUGCCUGUAUUGUCUAUACUGUAUCUUCCUUUCUGCUGGUAGCUCAGGUUGGCAAGAGUUUGUUAAUAAGUGCUUAAUAUGGCUUUUUAACAGAUUGUGUACUACUAUUGAGUGUGGGUAUAACAGGAACAGUGGGGAAAAGAUGAGAGAUUAAACAAUUGGAUGUUAUUUCUAUCAAUCACAAAGAAACAGUCAAGGAUUUUCCCUGGUAUUACUCCUCUUCUUCACGAAAUAAUCAGUGCUAUGCCAAUUCAGUUGUUGAGUAUUGGGAUUUCAAAAGUAAUGAUAAUAAAAAGUAAUUCAAUAUAAAAAAAAAAGAUAUGAUUGUUUUACUGCCAUGUGUUUUAAAAUGCUGGUGAGUGAGUUGAACAGUGGGUGUGUGGAUAAAGUCACUGAGGAAGCCAAGCCAGUAAAAAAUCCAUAUUACA